CGUGCUGUUGAGUGCUCGUGUUGUGGGUUCUUUUGCCCAUUUGAGGAUGUCGGGACCGUUGGAACCAACUUCCGACCAGCCCCAAGGGGCCAACGACGCCGUAAUCGCCGUAGGCGAGCGCUUCGCGACAUUUGAAGCGUUGGACGAGAGGAUGACCAAGUUCAGCGACGCGAACUGCGUUCAACUCUGGAAGAGAGACGCUCGGACUAUUGGAGCUGCAAAAAAGCGCGCGGGGAAGAUCGCAUCCAGGAUGCCCGAAGAGCUCAAGUACUACCAGUUACGCUACUGCUGCAUCCACGGUGGCGCGAAGUUCGUAACCAGCAGCAAAGGCGCGCGAAAAUCAUCGACAUUCAAGAAGGAUUGUGGCUUCAAUGUCUACAUCGCAGCAAACAAAGAAGGCAGCCACCUGGAGGUACGAUCCCUAACCCUCGAGCACAAUCAUACAGUUGUACCAGAAUUCUUCAAGCACCUGCCCCAGCAAAGGCGACUCCCUCCUGAACUCCAGGCCAAGGCCCGUACUCUGUUGAAGCUCAAAGCCAACAAGAUGAUGGUAAGGCAAGAGAUGCAAAAAGAAAGCGGAAAUGCUAUUCUACUGAAGGACCUUUCAAAUAUUGCUGCGAAGGGAAAGGACGCCAAAGAAAGGAAUAACUUGCCUGAAGUUGUCCGUGCCCUGCAAGAAAAACAUCACGCAACUGUCCGUGUGCUGACAGAUGAGAACGAUGAGUUGCAAGCGAUCUACUUCCAGGAUGAUCAGAUGAAGAGGUCAUUUCAGGACUGCCCAGAAGUGCUAUUUAUUGAUGCCACUUACAAAUUGCUGGAAACACGAAUGGCUUGUUUUCUGGUAAUCAUUGAAAACAGCAAUGGUGAAAGUGAAAUUGUUUCUGUUGGACUGUUCACAACCGAGGAUGCUGGAACACUUCGUUGGUUCUUUGAAGCCUUCAAGUCUCUGAACCCAAAAUGGGAGUCAGUGAGAGUGACCAUGGCAGAUAAGGAUGUGAAGGAGAGGAGUGUUGUCAAACAGCUCUUCCCAUCAUCAGCACUGCACAUAUGCUCAUUCCACACGCUGCAGGCUUUCCGUCGGGAAGUUAGUGUCAUGAAGCUUGGCGUUACAAGAGUAGAACAAGAAACAGCCCUAGAUAUCCUGCAGCGCAUGGUAUACGCUAAGAGUGAAGAGGAGUAUCAGGAGCUCUACGCCCUGCUACAGACGUCCGCUGCAAGAGCAGUGGUGGAGUAUUUCGAUGACAACUGGCAUACCAUCCACGAGGAGUGGGUGAUGGGAAGGAAAUGGCUGUGUGGCAACUUCUUUAAUGCAACAAACAACCGUGCAGAAAACAUGAACUCAAAGUUGAAACAGCUUGUUGAACGCUUCAGUUCCCUCGAAAUGUUUGUGGAGAGGUUUUUCACAAUGAUUCACGCUCAGCGAAAUGAGAAAAAACACAAAGCAGCAGUUAUGCUGCAAAAGCAAAGGGUGGACACCGCCAGUGACGAGGCAAGCGAGCUUUACUCGAAGCUACUGACACCAUACGCCUUCAAUCGUGUAAAAGAAGAGCUUUGCGAAGCAACUCGGAAGAUGAGCGUUGAUGCACUUGCCGACGCGCACAGAUUUUCUGCCACAGCUCGAGGGUGCACGUGCACCUUCAGACAAGCAAUGCUGCUGCCUUGCCGCCACAUUUUUACGGUAAGAGAUCAUCUCGGCAUCUCAAAAUUCGAGAAAGAUGUCUGUGCAAAGAGAUGGUUUCUAGAUGUUUAUGUACAAAGUUGUGGGCUCACGCAGAACAAUGAAUGUGCCGGGGAAGAACUGGUGCAAGUAAGCAGUCGCAAGGAUGAAAGAAUCCUUUCAGCGCAUCAGAAAUUCAGGAAGGCAGCUGCCAUUGCUUCAACGCUAGCUGACCUUGCGUCAGACUGUGCAACUCCAAGAUUCAAGGAGAGGCUGAAGGUCCUCGAGAGCAUACUCCAAUCCUGGAGGCAUAAUGUUGAAGUCACUGUAACAUCCUGUGCUCCAUGCACAAGCAAUGGAGUAGACACACAAAGCGAAUGUCUGUUAGACCAGCACACAGAUCUCGGAUGCCCUGGCAAAGAUCAAGGUGCCAGUAACCAAGAAAAGCUGUGGUCGGCCAAAAGGCCAGAUGGUUACCGUUAUUGGACUGCCAAGAAAGCGCAAGAGGACAUCCACUGA